CUAACCCAGAGAGCGCUCAAAGUGCGGGGACUGUAGGUGUUUCGAAAGCUAGGUGUGCCUAAUAGAGUGUCUAUAGUAGCUGUGAAGCUUUUAAAGCACCUUUAGAGCUGCCUUGUAUGCACGCAGUCCUGAAUUGCUUUAGGGAAAAUUCUUAAGCCUGCUUGCCUUAAUGAGUAAAAGACAAACUUCCUGUGAUCCUGGAUUUGAUAAAGGUUAAUGCUGUUAGAUGCAAGUCGGAUAGGAGAGGUUCCAAUGUAAUGUAGGUUGUCUUCCUAUUAGAAAGCCAGUGGCAGUUUUACUCGGGCUUGCUCACUCUAACAGAAGGACUGGCUGUGAGGUAAAUACCUACACUUGAGCUGUUAUAAAACCUGAUUUUGGAACAGGCAAGCCUUGAAGUUCUCUUUGGAUGUUUCCUGAGUAGAAAGACCAAGAGGCUGAGAUGGAGCUGCCUGGCCUUGCUUUUGCUCUUUGGAUGCUUAUUUGUUUCUAUGCAUCUGUGGGUGGCUAUCCAAAUGGAAAAGUUAGAGAAGCCUGCACCAGCAUGAUACCCUGUCAUGGUACCUCUCCACAACUGUCACCUGAGCACACCAUUACAGUGAAUGGGACUGAAUUUAAACCAGGGGACAGCAUAGAAGUUCAUCUGUCUGGACCAGUUUUUGAAGGCUUCUUCAUCCAAGCCCGGGAUGCAGAGCACCUGGAGAGCCCUGCACUUGGUUCUUUUAUGUUAGCUGACCGAAGAGUGUCUCAGCUCCUGACAUGUGGCCGUACCAAGAAUUCAGCUGUCAGUCACACAAGUAAAGCAAAAAAGAAGCACAUCAAAGUUUAUUGGAUUGCUCCUGGCGAUGCACCAAAACGGGUACAGUUUCUAGCCACAGUUGUGAAGAAAUACAAGACUUUCUGGGUGAAGAUUCCUGGUCCCAUUGUUUCUCAGCCUAGUGCACUGUCCCCAACAACACCUUUGCAUACAAUAUCAGAGGCUAUAUCAACUUCACACCCUGUUUCCUACUUAUCAAAGCCAUUUAAUGCAUCCGGUUGUGGAAGGACCAAGUUCUGCAUUAGGAACCCUUCAAACUGUGAUCCUGAAAGUGCUUCCUGUUUUUUUCUAUCCUUCCAACAAGAGAGGAGCUCAGUAUUUAUUGAAAUGAGUGGUCCAAGUGAAGGAUAUUUAGCAUUUGCAUUGUCCCAUGACCAGUGGAUGGGUGAUGAUGAUGCAUAUCUGUGUGUUGGUGAGGACCAUGGCAUUCACACCAUCGCUGCCUAUUUGAAGGGGAGAAGUCCUCCUGUUUUGGAUUCAGAGAAUGCCCUUGAGGAUGUGUCAUGGAGGCUUGCAGGUGGUCUUCUUCAAUGUUCUUUCAGAAGAAGUAUUUGUCUCCCUGCUCACAAAGGGAGGUUCAAUCUGAAUGCCAGUUACUACAUCUUUCUGGCAGAUGGAGAAGCUAGUGAAGGUGGAGUAAUACACAAACAUCAUCAUCAGCCUCUGAUCACCAACGAAAUGUACAACGUCACAGGAAGGCCUCAGGAUAUUGGAGGUUCCCGGUCUCCACGACUUAUCAAGGCUCAUGGAGCACUGAUGUUCAUUGCUUGGAUUACCACAGUUAGUAUUGGUGUCAUUGUUGCACGAUUCUUCAAACCUGUCUGGUCUCAUUCAUUUCUGUUUGGAAAGGAGAUGUGGUUUCAGGUGCAUCGUAUGCUUAUGUUGACCACAGUCAUGCUCACAAGCAUUUCUUUUGUGUUACCUUUUAUAUACCGAGGAGGUUGGAGCCAACAAGCAGGUUUUCACCCCUAUCUCGGCUGUACCGUGAUGGCACUGGCAAUAUUUCAACCGCUUAUGGCAGGUUUCAGACCAUCUCGUCAUGCAGCAAGGAGGCAAUUGUUUAACUGGUUUCACUGGAGUACUGGUACAGCAGCUAGAAUACUAGCUGUGGUGACUAUGUUCUUGGGAAUGAACCUAACAGCACUUGAUCUGCCUGACCCUUGGGACACCUACACAAUGAUUGCUUUUGUAACUUGGCAUGUCGGCAUUGAGGUUCUCCUGGAAAUACACAGCUACUGUCUCAUACGUAAAGUUGAAGUGAUAGAGUAUGACAGAGUGCAGAUACUGCAGUCACUCACAUCCGCAGAAGCAGAGGGUCGUCUGUUUAAACAGAUUGUGUUAACCAUCUAUGUCUGUGGAAAUAUAGUAUUCCUCAUUGCCUUUCUGGCAGCAAUCAACCAAAUCUGAAAGAAAUCAUUGAGAAUUUUGUGAUGAAAUCUUGUGCAGUUGAAUUUAAACCUGCAAGGAAUGCUUUCUGUUAUAACUUCUCCCUCAACAUCUCCUUGAAGAUGCAAUUGAAGAGUAACAGCAUGUGUGUCAUGCUCAGUGUCAGGAAGAACUUGAAUUCCAAUCUAUAGAAGGACGCUGCAGUCCUACAAAGCUGGGUUCUGAUGGGACUUUUAAUGGGAGGCUUUGCCUGAGUAAGGAAUGAAGUCUCUGUUUUUUAAGUGCAGUAACUGAACUUGAUUGAAGCUUGUAGGUUAAGACAACUGAGAAGAUGCUGAAAAUGCUGUUUUGAUACAGUUCCCUAAACCUUUUGUGAAUAUCAUUGGGAAAACUGAAAAGAUUGAUCUGAACUCUGUCAUAACUGUUCACUUUACUGUGUACUAAUGGCAUGUGAUGUGGAGGCUUCCUGCUCAUGACAGUAUUGUGCAUUAAAAAACAAACCAACCAAACCACCAGCUUACUGGAAAACUCUCAAAUGCAGACGAUGCAUGAACUAAAUGCUGUUGUCUGUCUUUGCAGUAAAAUGCAAAGAACAUUCUCUCUGCUCUAAGAGCAGCACACUUACACAAGCAUAUGAGUUUGGGAACUUUAGUCCUUUAGUAGAAGCACCAUUUGCCUCAUUCAAGAUACUGUUUGUCCCAUCCUCUCAGUGAUUCCAAACCAUAAAGAGAAAACGUGCCUGCAGUUUACAUGCAUCAAACCCAGUUGUGCUUACCCAAAACUCAAACAGUAUUAGGCUUCUUCAGGCUAGGGCUGCUAAGCUACCUGGGAAUGAAGGUAUUGGAAUAUUGGACAGAACAGUGAGACCUGGAGUAGCAUAGCAACAUCUCUCUAUUACCUGGUGGCCAGCUCUUAAAAUAUUCAUUCUUUGUUUACUAAACUUUUUAUUUCUGUCUUCCUCCAUCUCCCCACAUCCACAGUGUAGCCUGCUGCAGGAAUGAGUCCUACUCAGAAAGCUACAAGUUGUUUUGUAGUCGGUGAUCUUUUUGGCUGCUUAAGUAACUAGCUGGUUUAACCGUGAGGGCAUUUAUAGAGCUGGGACUGAUCUGUUGGCAGCAGACUGCAGGUGAGUGUGAGUUGAAUCGUCUCCCUUCCUCCCGGAAGCUGGCUGUGUGCAGCUUGGGAAAGGGGGAUUAUGAAGAAACAUAGCAAACCCCAGGCUGAAGGACAAAAAGUAUAUGGCUAAUUGUGUGGUUUGUGUCUUCUUUUAAUUUGCAGGGAACUCUGAUCUCAAAAUCUGGGAAUCACAGGCCCAUCCUGUGCUCAAGUUUGGGGGGACUUUUGUUUUUGUAUACUAUGAGUUUAUAGAUGAAAAUCUCUCAAACAAGCGUGAUUCAUAGCUUUUUAAUUAAAGGCAAUGCUGGAUUCUUUGUGUAAUACAAUA